UUGUUUGCCAACAAAUGCAACAUGCCUGCGCACAGACUUUUGCCUGCGUAUGACAAACGCUGAGCUAAAAUAUUCAAGUUAAACUGCGCAACAUUUGACAGCAAAUAUGAGUGAUUUGAUGAUAUUAGUUACGUUGUUUUGAGAAAGACAUGGCAUAGAUAGACCAGUUUUAUUUCAUUUCACGUUGGUCAUCUUGACGAGGCUUUGGAGAGGAUGGAAAAACUUGGUUCCAAAGUGAUCCUGUACUCGGGGAUUGUUGGGAUUCUAGCUGUUAUGGUCGUGGUCGGUCAGUAUGUCGGACUGUCUGCUGCCAUGGUGCGUCCUCUACCAAGUGCUGUCGCAGUCCUGUCUCUUGGUGGAAUGGCUUUGAUUUGGAAAGACAUCAGGGGGAGAGUGAAGGGAGACAACCGCGCUUUGGGCGGCCUCCUGAGCCAGUACUUCGCCGUCAAGUUGGUGGGUUGGCUCGGGAAGAGGCAAAGAGCAAAACUGGAGAAGGAUACACAAGACGUUCGGCGCGCGCAAGAGGAGACGCUCUUGAAAAGGUUACAGAAGAACAAAGACACGCUGUACGGGAAACAGUAUGACUUUGAUUCAAUUAAAGAUUGUGAGGUGUUCCGCCAGCGCCACCCGGUGACGGGCUACGAACACUACAGGGACCUGGUGCGGCGCGUGGCUGAGGGGGAGGAGGGCGUGGUCAUCGCAGAGCGCCCCCUGGUGUUGGCCAUGACCUCGGGCACCUCGGGACAGAGCAGCAUGCUACUCAGCACCAGGGACACCAACACUGAGUUCUUCCUGCAGGGUGUCUGCAUAUGCCUGGACGCCAUGCGUCGCGCCUUCCCCGCCACCGAGAGCCUCCAGCGCACCCUGAAGCUCUUCUACACGCCCACGCUGCGCCACUCCCCAGCGGGCAUCCCUAUUGGCCCAAACUCAUCAACGCCCGCCUCCUCGCGCCACAUGCUCCACCUCUACACCACCCCCGAGCACGCCUUCAAGGUGCCGAGUGAGAAGGAUACUCUCUACCUCCACCUGCUGUUCGCCCUCAAGGACCGCAGCAUGGGGACCAUCGAGUCCAACUUCGCCUCCACCGUCUUCUACGCCUUCAGGGCACUGCAGGAGCGCUGGGACGAGCUCGUGGCGGACAUCGAGCUGGGCCGGGUCAACCCUCAGCUGCAGCUGGAGCCGGAGGUGCGCUCGGCUCUGGAGAAGCUCAUGGCUCCAGACCCGGGGAGGGCGGCCGAGCUGCGUGCCCAGGGAGAGGAGGGUUUCCUGGGCAUCGCCCAGCGGCUCUGGCCCCAGCUGAACCUGGUGCUGGCGGUGGACUCUGGUUCCAAUCAGAUCUAUGGGGAGAUGUUGAGGCAGCAUUACUGCAAAGGAGUGCCGUUCUACUCACCCUUUUAUGCAGCUACCGAGGGUUUGAUAGGUGUAAACCUGUGGCCUGAGAGGGAGGAGAGCAGACAGUACCUGUUGUGUCCGCGCUCCAUGUUCUGUGAGUUCCUGCCGGAGGCCUCGCUGGACGAGGAGAGCCCCCAGACCCUCCUGAUGGAGGAGGUGCAGCAGGGAAGCAACUACGAGCUGGUGGUCACCAACGCAUCCGGACUCUUCAGAUAUCGUGUGGGAGACAUCCUCAAGGUGGUUGGCUUUCACAACAAGUGCCCAGUGGUUGAGUUUCAAUACAGGCGAGGCCAGAUGCUGAGUGUGCGCGGUGAGAAGGUGUCGGAGGCCCUGUUUCUGGGGGCCCUCAAGCGGGCCGUGAGCCUGUGGCCUGGGGCCAAGCUGGUGGACUACUGCUGUGCAGAGAGUGGAAUUCUGGGAGAGAGUUGUGGAGGUGCCCAGCCUCACUACCAGGUCUUCGUGGAGCUGAAGGGCGUACGGAACCUCAGUGAGGAGCAGAGAUACAAGCUGGACCACUGUCUCCAAGAGGACUCGGCCGUCUACAAGUCCUUCCGCUUCAAGGGUAGCAUCGGACCAAUGAGGGUGCAGCUGGUGAGCGAGGGGGCGUUCCAGGAACUGAAAGGUCACAUGAUGGCCUACUCCAACACGUCGCCCAACACCUUCAAGAUGCACCGCGUCAUACGCAGGAAGGAGUACGCUGACUUCCUGUUCGGGAAGACCAUGUCGUGAUUGAUGGCAUGACUGAUGGCACAUUGGGUUAAUUGGUUUUUGUUUGUGUGUGUUUGCGUUUGCGCGCGCGCGCGUGAGUGAGUGAGUGAGUGAGUGAGUGAGUGAGUGAGUGAGUGAUAGAGUGAGUGAGUAAAAAAUGGUGAAAUACCUACGAAAAAAAAAUUGAUAAAAGACAUUUUUCUUACAGUAUGUUUAAUUAAAUAUAUUCAAUUGUCUUCAAUUUCAACACAUUCAUAAUCCUCAACUUUUUAUUGGUAACUGAAUGUUCACUAACUAUGAGUGCUGUCUUCAUGAAACAAAGAUCUACUCAAUACCAAAUACAUGAUGACGGUAAUGACAGCUGUCCACUCUGUGUAUUUUAACGGCGCACGGUAGCUACAUUUUUGGCCAAUGGUGAUGAGUCACUGAACAAUGACAUUAAACUAUAGGGCUUGAAAGUCCCGCCCCCCCUUAGUUCCGCAUUUCACUUGACCUUAGCUGACCAUCUAAUAGCAUGGUAGCGAGUAAAUAUCUUCUGAUUCCAGUCAUUAUAUGCGAUGGGUUAAGGAGCUAAAUUUAGAUUAUUCAUGCAGAAGUAUUAAUAUUUUGUUCCGAGGCCAUCUGCCUGAAAAAGUUUACGAAACACACCCUUCUAAAUCAUUUGGUGUUUUGUACGAAAAAUUAUACGCAUUAUCAGAAACAACAUACGUGAAGAUCGUGGCACAAUGCAAAGGGGAUCGAAAUAUCAUUUUAAUAUCGCCACUGGAUUACAUGCUAACAUUUUCCGCCAAAAAACGCUGUGAGGUCCCAUGACAUCGCAGGAUGUGACAUCACUUUGAAGCCUUAUUGUGGACACUAAUGUAAUGGGACUCAUAAACAUUGCCAAAAUGUUUUGUUCUUGCAGACGCUGACAGGCAGAAGUAGAAUACCAGGAGUUGUCAGGUGGCGAAGGAAGGGUUUAUUGAAAGAGGAGAGAAGUGACUACACCCGCGUUACAAUAUGCGACCUUGCCUCCUCCACUUGUGCUUGUCUCCUCGUCCCGCCUCCUGGCCCCUCCUCCGUGGAGAAAACGAUAAAGUUUCCCAGCUGUCAGCCUAGCCACAACAACUUUUGAGGGACUGUUUUUCAUUCACUAUCCCAAUUGCAAAUGAGAAAAAGACUUUACAAUUGAGCUUUUGCAAGAUAUUGAAAUAUAAUGCUGUGUCAGUGAUGUCAUCAUGACAUAUUACUUCCUGGUACGAGGAGACAAGCACAAGUGGAGGAGGCAAGGUCGCAUAUUGUAACGCACUCCCGGCGUCAGACCCGGGUGUCUAGACUCUAAGGUAUUGAACAGGAUCCGCAGUCAGACCACAAGGCCAUAAUCAGGGUUGCAUUUCUUGAAAGUGUAGUCGUUUAGAGUAGACAGUUAGCAACUUGGGUAGUUGCCAAUGGGAAAUUGCAUUGAAACAACAAAGUGCCGUUGCUAACGAAUUAAGCAACUAUGGUUUCAAGAAAUGCACCCCUAUCUUGUUGUCAGAAUACUGAACAGUAUCUGCAGUCGUCAAGACCACAGGCUUGUUGCUAUGGUAGUCAGAACACAUCCUCCAAACACAACUCCAUGACUGAGUGGUAUGUCACAGCAGGUGUCACUAUAUCAAUUAUUACUGAUAAACUGCCUUGAAUUAUUUAUUUAUUUUUGAAUUGAAGGUUCUGGCUGAUCAAAAUGUCAGUUUUCAAUUACAGUGAUUUGUAUUUCUACUGAUGUCGUGCCUUUUUGUUUUGUUUUGUUUUGCUCACGAAUAAAAUGUCACGAGUAAAA